AUGCUCAUGUUCGGCGAUGGCGGGUUGUCUCCAGAAGAUCUUGACAAACCGAUUAUCGGGGUUGCUAAUACUUGGAUCGAAAUAGGUCCUUGUAACUUUCACCUGAGACGGCUUGCCGCUAAGGUCAAAGAGGGUAUCCGCGCAGCGGGUGGAACACCACUUGAAUUUAAUACCAUCAGUAUCUCUGAUGGCAUCACCAUGGGCACCGAGGGCAUGAAAACUUCGCUGAUCAGUCGGGAAAUCAUCGCCGACUCGAUCGAGUUAGUUUCCAUCGGUAACAUGUUUGACGCUGUCAUUGCUCUUUGUGGAUGCGAUAAGACCGUCCCGGGCACUGUCAUGGCACUCGCACGGUUAGAUAUUCCAUCGCUCACCCUCUACGGCGGAUCCAUCAUGCCCGGCAAAUUUCAGGGACGCGAUGUUACUAUCCAAGAUGUAUUUGAAGCGGUCGGUCAGCAUGCGGAAGGCACAAUAACUGUCGAAGAAUUGGACGAUCUGAUUAGUAAGGGGUGUCCCGGUCCCGGCGCAUGCGGAGGGCAAUUUACUGCUAAUACCAUGGCAACAGCCGUUGAAAUGUUAGGUAUUGCUCCGAUGGGAAGCGGGAGUGUCCCAGCUGUCGCAGGAGACAAGGACCAGGAAGCAUAUAAAGCCGGACAACUCGUUAUGGACAUGCUCGCCGCUGACCGGAGACCGAGUCAAAUUAUCACCCGCAAGUCGAUUGAGAAUGCGAUUACCUCUGUCGCCGCGACCGGUGGUUCUACCAACGGUGUUCUCCAUCUACUCGCCAUCGCGCACGAGGCGCAGAUUCCGUUGACGCUUGAGGAUUUUCACAGCCAUUAG